CUUUCUUAUCUGUCGUUUGCAUUGAACAAGUCCAACAGGUAACAUGUCUAUCCGUGUGUUAGAUAUCAUCUUUUUCUUCUAUUUCGCCUCUCACAUCCCUAUCACAUUAUUUAUUGACUUACAAGCCCUGCUGCCCGGACAUGUGUAUCCUCAGCAGCUGAUAGAUGUGUUGAAGUGGUAUGCUGAGGCGUUCAGGGACCCCAUGGUGCUGGAUCCUCCGGAGUGGUUCAGAUCCUUCAUCUUCUGCGAGGCUUUGUUUCAGACGCCUUUCUUCCCUGUUGCAGCUUAUGCUUUUCUAAAAGGUGGCUGUAAGUGGAUCAGGACUCCUGCCAUCAUUUAUUCCACACAUGUGGCCACCACCCUGGUCCCGAUCCUAGCUCACAUCCUCUUCUAUCAGUUCCCUAUGAAACCCAACCCUGGUCCCCAGACCCCGCAGGAGCGCUGGCUGCUCGUCUCCAUAUACGCACCAUACCUGCUGGUGCCUGUGCUGCUGCUCCUCACCAUGCUGCUCUCCUCCACAUACAACUCCACCAACUCCAACGCUGGACACCAGCCAGCCAAAUCCAAGAAGAAGAACUGACACGCAGCCAGACUACAGCUAUCUAAUUCACUCUGAUUUUAGGAGAUAUAUUUUUACAUUUCUGAAUGUACCAUUUGUAUGUGAUGUAACGUACAUACAGGUCUAUCUGAGAGGCUGUGCAGAGUUCAACUUUGAGCCAGAAUGAGCACUUUUAUUAAAAGUAAACACUUGUUUACUGAA